UGUUUGGUUGUAGCAAAUGAGAGUAAUCAAAUGCGGUUAUCGCUAGUUAUCACAAGUGAGAAGUGUAAUCAAAGUUGUAUCAAAAUUCAGAGUAUUCGAUAAGGUUUAUCAAUUUGCAAAUACCUCGAUAUAUCACCAGAGUAUUUUCUGUAUUUUGUUUCGCACAACGAAACAUCUACGUUGCUUGUAUAAAAAAAACUGAUUUUCGUUAUGCAUUACAAAGUGGAAACCGCCUCGGACACUCCCAUAAUAUUUGGUGAGUCUCCUUUAUGGGACGAUCGAAGACAGGGACUGAUAUUUGUCGAUCAGUUGGCUAAAUCAGUUUGUUUUCUGGAUCCGCUAACGCGAGAAAUAACGAAGAAGCGAGUGAUUUGUGAUGAUUCGAUCAAGCAGAUCCAACUUGCUAUGCCCUAUGCAUCAACUACUGAGAAGUUCCUAAUUGGAACAUCAAAGGGACAGUUAAUGGAAUGGAAAUGGCACAAUGAGCAAGAUGGUAGUCCAGCUGAAACUCUAUACACCAUUCCGAGUCAUCCAGCUCCAUUCUUUUGUGAUGGAAAGUGUGACUCCAAUGGACGGUUUUGGGGUGGAACGUUUUCGAAAGAUCAAAAUGGAGACAUUAUUGCCGGAGGAGGCGGGCUCUACCGAUUUCAGUCAAAUGAAACUGACGAGCGCUAUAGCAUUGAAGAAGUCGGAAGUUCUUACGAUCUAUCCAACGGCAUGGCAUGGAACAAAGAAAAUACGAAAUUUUACUUUGUGGAUUUUCUGCCGAAAAAGAUUUAUGUUUUUGACUUCAACGCAACCACUGGAGUCAUCGCAAAUAGAAAGACUCUGUUCGAAUUUGCGGGCAAAACUGGUCUGAAAGGACAUCCUGACGGUAUGGUAACUGAUGUGGACGGCAAUCUGUGGAUUGCCUGCGUCAUGGGUGGAGAGUUGAUUAAAAUCGAUGUUGCUACAGGGAAACAAGUGACAACCAUCGAUAUCCCAGCGACCAUGACAACAUCCAUUUGUUUCGGGGGACCCCAAUACGAUAAACUCUAUGUAACGACCACUUCCGUUGAUGUAGACGUAGCUAACACUCCUAUAAAGGGGCAACCUGAUGCUGGAAAAAUCUUCUCAGUGUCUUCGGAGAAAGACAACUCAUUCAAGGGUUUCGCUCAUUACUUUUUCCAACCGUAAAGCGUUUAAGUAUUAGGAACCAAUGUACCAAAAAAUCAUUGUAAUAGUAUGUUGCGUUGCAUGUGUUA